AAUUCUUUUCAAAAUUACAUUGAUUGAUGCAAGAUGAGUGGAAAAGAAAUUAAUAUGAUUUGGAAACUACUACUUUUAGGUUUUAUUAUUAAUUUGCAAAAUUGUUUUGCUCUACCAGAUGCAGAAGUGUUUAAUGAUGAUAGUUUAGAUGAACUGAACGAUUUAUACAAGAAAUGGUUAACAUAUUUGUCAAAAGUUCCAGAUGCUUCUUGGAUGGUUCAUGGUUCUUCAAAUCCUAAACUUAAUUGGCAUAAUUAUAAUCGACAUCAAGGAAAUCGUUAUCGUAUUCCCACUGUAAUUGAUGAUACUAAUGAUGAACUAUUUCCAACUGGCAGUUUUGAUGAUAAAUUAAAAAGAAUUAUUCAAAAACUUGAAAAAGUAAGAAAUCAUUUAUUGUCUGAAUUUAAUAUAUCUGAUAUUGAUGAUGAAUUCCCAACAAUUAUACCACCUGAAACUGAAGAGAUAAGUUCAACUCGGAAAGUAGUUUCAAGAAUUUCAUACACAUCUGCUACUACGACUGUUCCAUCAAAUCCAACUGUAUCAUCAAAUCCAACUGUUUCAUCAAAUCCAACUGUAUCAUCAAAUCCAACUGUUUCAAUAGAUCAUUAUACACAGAGAUUCAGUACUUCAUCUCCAAGAGGUAUUUAUACACCUAAUCCUACUACUUCAACUAUUCCAUCAAAUUCAUCUAUUGCAAAACAUGAUUUGAAUAAGACAAUUGAUGCACUUGUAGAAUUAAUUGAUAAUAUUGUAAAUGAUUUAUCUAAACUUAAUUUCUCAAAUUUUGAAAAUGAUCUAUCAAAAUUUAAUUUAACAAAUUUUGAAAAUGUCUUAUCAAACUUAAAUAUAACAUUAAUUGAUAAUAUAAUAACAAAAUUGAAUGAAACAAUCAUUAAUGAUAUUCUGGGUGAUUUGAAUUCAACAAUUAUUGCAAAGAUAUUAUUAGAAAUUAAUUCAACACUAUCAAAAAUUGAUGUUGAAGCUAUUCAGGAAUUACUAAACAAAUUUAAUUUUGAAGAAUUUCUUGAAAAAGAAUUAUUAAAAAGAAGCAAAUCUACAAAUAGCAGAUGCAAUUAUGAUUUAAACUAUUUAAUGUACUUGAUGUUUAAAACCAACAAGAAAAGAGCAACUGAAAUGUUGGAUGCAGCAGGUAAAUUACCAUCUGGAUUACUGAGAGGUAGCAUACAUUGGACAGGUGAUUUCAGACAAUGUCGAAGUAUUGGUUUUUCAGAAGAAACAAUAGGAAAUAUGAAAUUUGGAAAUUUUAGGGGAGAAUACUGUUAUAUUUCAUGGAAUGUUAAGUUAAACCAGAUGACUCAACCUUUAUAUAUGGGAGUCUGUGUUCCUGAUUCUUGUACUAGUAAAACAUUAUUGAAUGAAACCAAAGAAAUGGCAAAAUUCUUAAAUUAUAUCCCAGUUGUCAAAAAAAUAAAUAAUUAUGCCAAUGUUACUGAAAUAACCUGCCAGAGUAAUGAAAGGCAUUGGGAACCAAGCCAUAUUGUGUAUUUGUGUAUACUAGUGAUCUUUGCUUUUUUUAUUUCCUUGGGAACUUUAUAUGAUAUCUUAAAAACAUAUCUAAAUGACAUUAAAGCUGAUUCUGAAAAUGGAAACUCAGAUAUUGAAGGCAAUAUUUCUUCAAAUACAAAUUUCACAAAAUAUGGAACUGAAAGUGCAUCUGCAAUUGCUAUAGGUAAAGAUGAUAAUGUUACCAAUGAUAAUGAACCACUUUCAAUACAAGAGAAAUAUUCUGAACCCCAAGAGUCAUUUUUUAUUCAAUUUAUAUUAUGUUUUUCUGUGUAUACUAAUGGUGCAAAAGUAUUUAAUAUUGGAAAUACUGGAGCACAAUUAAAUUGUCUUCAUGGAAUUCGGUUUUUCAGCAUGAGUUGGAUUAUUCUUGGUCACACAUAUAUUUAUGCUGUCAUGUCUGUAGGUAAUAUAGUAGAUGUUUUAGAAGAUAUUAAUAGUUUUUCCUUUCAAACAAUAAGUCAAGCAACAUUUUCUGUAGAUACUUUUUUUCUGAUAAGUGGAUUUCUUCUGUCAUAUUUGUUUCUUAAAGAACACUUUGAAAAACAAACCAAUGUGAAUUGGAUUUAUUAUUAUGUUCACCGAAUUUGGAGAUUAACACCUGUGUUUGCAAUGUUGUUGGGAUUUUACUCAACUCUAUGGCUACAUUUAGGUUCUGGACCAUCUUGGCCAAAUGAAACAGAUAAUGGAAACUGUAAAAAAAACUGGUGGUGGAAUAUACUUUACAUAUUGAAUUUUGAAGAUUCAAAUGAUAUGUGCAUGGGAUGGACAUGGUACUUAGCAAAUGAUAUGCAAUUUUAUAUCAUUAGUCCAAUAUUUUUAUUGCUGUUAUGGAAGUUACCUAUUGUAGGAACUAUAGUGGUAGGAAUUGUAAUAUUAAUAUCAUGGAUAGUGGCAGGAGUAUUAAGUAUUGAGUAUGAUCUGAGUUCAGUUUUAACAUUCAAUCAAGAUUUGAAAGUAGAUCAAGUAAUGGACAUGCAGGCCAAAAAGGAUCAAUAUUUUGAUAUCAUUUAUGAUAAACCUUAUUGCCGAAUUGGACCUUACAUGGUUGGCAUUUUAACAGGCUAUGUCUUACUUGUAGCAUUUAAUCAUCGUAAAUUUAUGAAAAGUGCAUUUUUGGUGAUUGGCUGGCUUCUUGCUCUUUUCUUUGGAUUAAGUGUAAUAUUUGGUUUAUAUCAUGCUGACAUUGGUAUGUCUACUGGUGCGGUCUACAAUGCAGUUGCUCGUACUACAUGGAGUGUUGCUGUUGCAUGGGUUAUUUUUGUCUGUCUUAUAGGUUGUGGAGGUCCAGUCAAUACAAUUCUGUCUUGGAAAAUAUGGAUACCUUUCAGCCGGUUAACUUACUGUGCUUACCUUGUCCAUCCAAUGAUCAUCCAAUGGUAUUAUAAUUCUCUUCUGAAACCACUUCAUUUUGAAACUAAUACAAUGGUUGUAUGUUAUUUUGGAUUUUUGCUUUUUGCAUAUCUGGUUGCAUUUAUUGCAUCCGUAACACUUGAAAGUCCAAUGAUGGCUCUAGAAAAAUUACUUGUACAAAAAUUGAAGAAAAGAAAGAACAAACCCUAAAAAAUUUAUAUCUAUUUCACAGAGAUUUCUUAAUUUAAGAAGAUUCCAAAAUUUAAGAAGGUUCCUUAAAUUUUGAAAAAUGUAUUAAUGCUCAACAUUGUAUAUGAAAUACUGUAACUGAGAUUCCAAUGAAAUAUAUCUAUUACUUUUUAAAUUCUGUGAUAUUUUAAUUUUUAAAUAUGUUCAAUAUGAAUAGUGAAUGU